GCGACGCCUGGGCACAGUUAUAGGCAUUCACCGCGAGGCAUCGCCAGAAUCCGCAGCUUCUGGCGUGAUGAUGCCCUGGAGUCCAUCCAGAGCAGGGAUUCUGGGCCUUUAUCUUCCAGGACGACAGGGGUCAAUUUCAAGUCCAGAACCUGCUUGGUCAUGGCCGGGCAGCGACGAAAUGGUUUCCCUGUUGAGCCUGAGUUCAGGUUGUGACCAUACACUGUAGUGUGCAUAACUGCAUAGGUAUCACAUGUCGUUCGCCAUUCGGCCCCACCUUCCUUGGCGCUUUGCUUUGGCAGUUUGGCUCUCACCCGCCCACUGUUCAGCCUUCGGUGUCAUUGUGCAACUCGUGACCCAAUGACCCAAGUCCAGGAAAGCCAACAGGAAACCGGUUGACAUAGGUACCUAGAGUAUUUGUACGAUGUCCCAAAAUGGCAGCGAUGUAUAUAAAGCAUCAUUGCCCGGUCGGCCGCGGCAUCAGAUAACUCGCUCCAUAUCUGAGAUCUCUUCGCCGAUCCAUCUCCAUCGCCGCCAUUCGCAGCUCGCAACUAAGGAAAAGAAUCGGGACACGCACAGCUCAGCUUCGCGAUCUGCUAUACCGAUCGUCCAAGACAGGCGGUCAUUUGAGGUGUUACGGUCCGAAGGGGUGACGCCAAAGCCCAGUCCGAACGCCAGCAGACGGACAAGCAUUCUCCAUGUCUCAACAGAUGAACUGAUGCCCACAAGCGCUGCUGUAUCCUCGCCUGCGCCUGCGCUAGCCAUCAAGGAUUCGAAGGACGAUGGGUUGGUUAGGCAGCAGCAGAAGGCUGCGGCCCAAGAGAGUGGUCUUCAACGCUCGCUCGCUGGCCUGGAGAAUUUCGCCAAUGUAACGACUAAACGUCUUGACGAUACAUACUACUCACUCGGGGAAAAGUUAAACGCACUUCAAGGCACAAUUACGGCGCUGAAAGAGCUUGCUGAAUCUUCGCAGAAGCUGAAUGAGACCUUCAGCGCAGAGACAGAAGCACUGGUCGCAGACAUCAACUCGCAGCUCGAUGCAUUCGGCCAGUUUGAGGACCAGCAGAGGCGGAUCCAGUCACUUCAAAACCGCAUAACUCUGGGACGAGAAAGUAUUGCGCUGCUGAGCAAGCGGGUAGAUGGCGUGCGCGAACGCAUCGAGAGUUGGGAGCGCGCAGACAAGGAGUGGCAGGAGAGGACGAGGAAGCGGCUCAAGGUCGUCUGGAUCGUCACAUCUGUCGUCAUCUUUGUCGUGGUCCUGCUGUAUGUAGGCGCCCAGUAUACGCCCGACAGCUUGGAAGCAACAUCACAGAUCGCCAGCGACGGGUCUAAUACCCUGAGAGGCGUGGCCGAAGUGCAGGCAGAUAUGCUCUGGACCUCAAAGGAGGCGCCGACACAAUGGCUCAGCAUGGCGCUGAAUGGAACGGGGAAGGGGAUGGUGAAGGCUCCGUCUCCUGAACCAGAAGCGCUCCUUGCACUUGAUGAGCUGUGAGUUGUUUCUGUGGAGUAUGGGAACCUUCAUAUUGCGCGAUACAUUUUGAAGUCUGGCUUGGUUUCACUUACUGUAACGACUUGAUACCCAGGCACAGGGACGGCGUAAUACUUAUGGUUGGAAUCUCUUUUAAUAUAAGAUAUUUGAAACUAACACUAUCUAGCGACAAUAUCAGAGCUCGGCAGCCGGGUUGGAGCUUAGAAGUGUUGUAGAGCUUCCAUACUACAUCUAUUAGAGGGCUGUCAUUCUCAUCAGUUCCCUAGCUGAACCGACACGGAUAGAGAAUUCAAAAUCCAACAAGAUGACAACA